AUGGCGUGCAGCCUUCGCAUGGAGUGCAGCCUUCGCAUGGAGUGCAGCCUUCGCAUGGAGUGCAGCCAUCGCAAGGAGUGCAGCCUUCGCAAGGAGUGCAGCCUUCGCAAGGAGUGCAGCCUUCGCAAGGAGUGCAGCCUUCACAAGGAGUGCAGCCUUCGCAAGGAGUGCAGCCUUCGCAAGGAGUGCAGCCUUCGCAAGGAGUGCAGCCUUCGCAAAGAGUGCAGCCUUCGCAAGGAGUGCAGCCUUCGCAAGGAGUGCAGCCUUCGCAAGGAGUGCAGCCUUCGCACGGAGUGCAGCCUUCGCAAGGAGUGCAGCCUUCGCAAGGAGUGCAGCCUUCGCAAGGACCUUCGCAAGGAGUGCAGCCUUCGCAAGGAGUGCAGCCUUCGCAAGGAGUGCAGCCUUCGCAAGGAGUGCAGCCUUCGCAAGGAGUGCAGCCUUCGCAAGGAGUGCAGCCUUCGCAAGGAGUGCAGCCUUCGCAAGGAGUGCAGCCUUUGCAAGGAGUGCAGCCUUCGCAAGGAGUGCAGCCUUCGCAAAGAGUGCAGCCUUCACAAGGAGUGCAGCCUUCGCACGGAGUGCAGCCUUCGCAAGGAGUGCAGCCUUCGCAAGGAGUGCAGCCUUCGCAAGGACCUUCGCAAGGAGUGCAGCCUUCGCAAGGAGUGCAGCCUUCGCAAGGAGUGCAGCCUUCGCAAGGAGUGCAGCCUUCGCAAGGGGUGCAGCCUUCGCAAGGAGUGCAGCCUUCGCAAGGAGUGCAGCCUUCGUAAGGUGUGCAGCCUUCGCAAGGAGUGCAGCCUUCGCAAGGAGUGCAGCCUAAGCAAGGAGUGCACCCUUCGCAAGGAGUGCAGCCUUCGCAAGGAGUGCAGCCGUCGCAAGGAGUGCAGCCUUCGCAAGGAGUGCAGCCUUCGCAAGGAGUGCAGACUUCGCAAGGAUUGCAGCCUUCGCAAGGUGUGCAGCCUUCGCAAGGAGUGCAGCCUUCGCAAGGAGUGCAGCCUUCGCAAGGAGUGCAGCCUUCGCAAGGAGUGCUGCCUUCGCAAGGAGUGCUGCCUCCGCAAGGAGUGCUGCCUCCGCAAGGAGUGCUGCCUUCGCAAGGAGUGCUGCCUUCGCAAGGAUUGCAGCCUUCGCAAGGUGUGCAGCCUUCGCAAGCAGUGCAGCCUUCGCAAGGAGUGCAGCCUUCGCAAGGAGUGCAGCCUUCGCAAGGAGUGCAGACUUCGCAAGGAUUGCAGCCUUCGCAAGGUGUGCAGCCUUCGCAAGGAGUGCUGCCUUCGCGCGGAGUGCUGCCUUCGCACAGAGUGCAGCCUUCGCACGUAG